CAACUAAUUACAUUUCAACUCACAAACAUAGAAAAAAAAAACCAUGGAAUAUGCAGAAAUUCGUCGUUCAUGUGACAAUGCAGAAGAAGAUUAUAUAGAUAUGGAAUUAAGUUCACAUUCCAAUAUAUUAUCACAUUUCAAAAACUCCCCAUCUCAAGCUAGAGAAUUUGAGUUCCAAAUGUUACCAAAUUCAAUAGAUAAAGACACAACAACUUCACCAGCUGAUGAACUAUUCCACAAUGGCAAACUUCUACCUCUUCAUCUCCCUUUUGGUACACAACAAAUGGUUGAAAAACUUCUUCAAAAUCCCAAUAAAUCAGUUAAUAAAACUAGAAAUAUUGAUAUUUUUCAAGAGUCUUCUUUUAGUACACCUUUAUUCACAACUACUACAAAUACUCCUACAAAUAAUACACCAUUUGAAUCUUGCAAUAUUUCUCCCUCUGAUUCCUGUCAAGUUAGUCGGGAACUCAAUCCGGACGAAUACAUGUUCGAUUACUCAACAGAAGAUCAUGCCAAUAGCUUUAAUCCAGCUGAUGAGAAUUCGAAAAAGUCUUGGACGCGAAAACUCAAGCUGAUUAAAAAUUCUUCGUUUGGUUCGAAACUUAAAUCCUCCCGCGCUUAUGUCAAGUCUUUCUUUUCUAAAUCUAGUUGUUCAAAUGAGUAUUCAGCAAACGUUGACAAAGGAUCUGUACCAAUAAUGGCUAAAGAAGAGCCAUUUGGACAAAUUCAAAAAGGUGCAUAUUCAAAAGGGAUGAACAAAGAAAAUGUUGUUGAGCAAGAUCACAGAGGUCGACAUAGAAGAUCAUUUUCAGGAGCUAUUAAAAGAUUUUCAACAGCUAAAUCUUCUUCUUCUUCUACUUCUUCAUUUACGUCGUCUUCUGGUUCCUCAUCAGCUUCAAGCUCAAACAAUUCAAAUGAAUUUCAAGAUAUGCAUUUCUUUAAGAGAAGCAGUAGUGCAUAUUCAGAAAUAGAGAACUCAAUUCAAGCAGCAAUUGCUCAUUGCAAAAAUUCUCACCAACAGUUUGAUUCAAGAAAGACAAUAAGUGAUAUUGGAGUUUGUUCAUUGUCAGCUUCUAAGGUAAUUAUUGAAGAACAAGAAAGACCUGGACUCUGUAGGGGAUAAAGUUUUCCUCUUUUUUUUUGUGUGGUCAUUUCCUCAUUUACUGGAAAGCUAUGUUCUCGAAAAUGUUGCCGCACCCGUGUCGGAUCCUUCAAAAAUGCACUACUUUUGGAGGAUCCGACACGUAUCCGGCCUCAUUUCGGAGAGUCUGAACAACAUUGCUGGAAAGUUUGGUGGCAGUAGGAGACAAUGAACAAAGUUAUCUUAUUACAUGUAUUUCUUUCUUUCACAAAUUUUGUGUAAUAAGAAUCCAUAUAGUUUAGCAAUUCUCAACUUGUGGCAUAAAUGGCUAGUAUUUCAAAAGCACAACUCAU